AUGGCUACCUUUCUACGACCUUCCGAUUUCUCAAAACUUCGGUUGUUUUCCGCCACCGUCAACUUCACAUCUGGUGCGCUCACUUUUGAUGUUUUGGCACCCAAAGAAACCGCUAGUCUCUGCCCUGUUCGUACCUUUUGCGCUCUCCGUGACAAUCCUAAAGCACAAUUCGCCCACAAGAGGCAUUUUUCGUCAAAGUCAACCAACCAAGCCGAGCAGUACAGACUUCUACAAUUUCUCCUUGAAUUAGAAAUUCGCUACCCAGUUGGUAUUUCAGAUGAGAACGGCGAUGAAUUUUCUGAUGUGAACGAGCCCACGGAAAAUUGA